AUGCAACAGUUUGAUCACCCGCACAUCAUCAAACUCAUCGGCAUCUGCUCCGACACAGCCCCAGUCUGGAUUGUUAUGGAGCUGGCAAAGCUUGGGGAGAUGAGGGCUUAUCUACAAAACAAUGAACAUCGUUUAGAUCUGGUCAUGUUGAUCCUGUACGCCUACCAGCUGAGUACAGCUCUCUCUUAUCUGGAGAGCAAAAAGUUUGUGCACAGAGACAUAGCUGCCAGAAAUGUGCUCGUCUCAUCGCAUGAUGCGGUUAAACUUGGUGAUUUCGGCCUCUCUAGAUGGGUUGAGGAGCAGAGUUAUUAUAAAGCUUCAAAGGGCAAGUUACCAAUCAAAUGGAUGGCACCAGAGUCCAUCAACUUUCGUAGAUUUACCACAGCCAGCGAUGUCUGGAUGUUUGGUGUGUGCAUCUGGGAGAUCCUGAUGUAUGGUGUCAAGCCAUUUCAGGGGGUGAAGAACAAUGAUGUGAUUGGGAAGAUAGAAGCUGGGGAACGGCUGCCUCUACCCAGUGGUUGUCCCCCUUCUCUCUACAACCUUAUGUGUUCCUGUUGGCAGUACGAGCCUUCAAAACGUCACACAUUCGCUCAUCUGAAAGGCUGGCUCUAUGAGAUACUUGAUGAGGAGCGCACAAGACAGGAGGAAGAAAUGCAUCGAGACAACAGGAGAGUUCAAGCCAUCUCAUGGGUUGGGUCAAAUGGCUCUGAUGAGGAACCCCCACCCCCACCCAAACCUGCUCGGCCACAGUUCGCCAUGUCCCCCACGGGCUCUACACCCAACCUCUCCAUCAAUGCCGGAAACUCUUUCAACGCCAGCAUAGCCUCCCUCCCCCACCAGUGGAACAGCACCACCAACCUGCCCAUGGGCCACAGCACCCCGGCCUCUGGGCCAUCACCUGACGUCAACGUGGCCAAACAGCAAGCCUCCAGGCAGGACUCCAAGCAUGGGGCCCAGCCUGGGGCACACAUAGAGUACCAGCUGCAGAAUUAUUUCCCUCCUUCUGGCUACAUGCAGGUGAGCAGCAACUCAGGCCAGCCACUCCCCCUAGCACACCCUCACAUUUCACUCCCAUCUCGGAACCAAACCCACUCGAACCCAACCCCACCACCACCACCAUUCCAGCCGCCACAGCACUUCACCAGCAGCCACAAAACCUCCAUGUCCAACCGGCCUGACCCAGUGACCAUCACUCUGCCGCCCCCUCCCCCCUUAGACCACUACCAGCUUACAUCACGGAACAACCAGGUGCUCUCACCUCUAUCACCUCCACCUACUCCGCAGGGCUUCACCCAGCACCACCGACACAUUGAAGACGUGGAUGAGGCGGCCAUUGAGAAGAGGCUAAAACAGCAGCAGCAGGAAUCUGAGGAAGAUUCUAGAUGGUUGCAGGCUGAGGAGAAAAAUUUGAAGAGAGACUCCCACCCAGUAGUGUACAGACCAGAGCUGGGACAUGACAACACCAAGGAGAACUCUCCACCAACUGUGGGCAGCAUAAGGGCUGGUGCUAAUGCUAAACUUUUACAGAGAACCUCAAGCAGUGCUAGCAGUACAAGUGAUUCAACAGAAGGUUUUACAGGAGGAGCUAACAAGAUCUCACGAGUGAAUGAUGGGGUGUAUGACAGCACCACCAGCGUUGUCCGCGCUGUGAUGACCAUGACUAAAGAGGCGCCACAGGUUGAUGCUGAAGGCUACCUGGAGAUGGUGAAGAAAGUGGGAAGUGAACUGAGAGGUCUGUUAGCCCAGGUAGAUGAAGUUUUACCCAACUUGCCUCCUGAUAGCCAUAAGCAGGUGGAGAUGGCCCAAAAAGUUUUGUCCACGGAUAUGGCCUCACUAAUUAAUGCCAUGCGUCUGGCCCAGCAGAACUACCACACACCUCUGCUGGCCGACUACAGGAAGAGCAUGCUCAAGUCUGCUCAUGCCCUGGCCAUGGAUUCUAAGCACUUGUUGGAUGCUGUAGACUCGGCCAGGCUUCAAGCUGCCAGUUAGGAUCUUUUGUUGGGUGCAAAGUGGCCAGCUAGGACCUGUCGCUGGAUGCAAAGUGGCCAGCUAGGAUCUGUUUCUGGAUGCCAAGUGUUGUUGGAUGCUGUGUGUCUUCUUGCCUAAUGAAUACAUGACUAUAAAAAUUAAUAUUUAUCAAGUUUUUGAAAUAUUUUGAGUACAAAUUUUUUUGCUACCAAAUAGGGCAAGAAAUACAAAUUUAUCACUGAAGCUUUCUUAUCUGAACUAAGCAUACAAUGUUUCAAGUUUUCACGCUAGAAGAGAUUUGUAUUGUUUCAAAACUAUAUUUUGGUAAGUGUGAGUUGUUUUUAUGUAUGUUUGAAAAAUAUGUUUGAUGUUAGGUCUGUUUCCCAUGCAAUGCCUUUACAGGAGUUGUUUUUUUUUUUUUUUUUAAAUCUACUCAGCCAUUUUUUUUUCUUUGAAUUAUUUUCUUGUUUACAAAGAUCUCUAAUCCAUGUUUUCAGGAUAUUAAAUGCUUCAUGUGUGCUAUGUUUAUGAAGCUGUGGCUUCAAUUGUCAUUACUGCCAGGGUAAAUGACCAUUGUGUGUGAUUGUAGAAGCCAUCGCCAGAAUGUUGAUUGGUUAAAAACAUGGAUUGGUUUAAAUGUUUUGUUUUUUUUUUUUUUGUUUACGGGCUUAGUAAAAUGUUGAAUCUUAGCAUAUAAUUUUUUUGUAGAACCUAUCCAUGAUAGAUAUUUGUAUUUAUUGUAAAGCAGUUGUUACACCAAUUCAUUGUUGCCUGCUUGUAUCAUUGGACAGUCUUGUCAGGUGCUAUCAUUUAGUUUUCCUAAUUCAAAAAUAUUCUUUCUCAGAUUUUUUUUAAAAGUUCUUUUUUUUUUCAUCUUUUUAUACUAAUCAGCGUACAUUGUUUUAUUUAUUUUCCCACUUUUUUUGUUUCAUUUAUAUCUUGAUGUCACAUGACCAUCCAGCUUAUGAAUUAAUGUUAU